GGAAAAGAUUAUUUCUAUUUUCCCGCUGUUUUAAUUUAUUAUUUCAACAAAUUCGUGCAAACUGUUGACUGUAACGAAAAGUCAAACUUCUCUCUCUUACGUCAACAGCGAAAGCAGGUUUCUCUCUCUAGAAAAGGUUUUAGAGAUAAAAACUAUAAGGUGAUGGCUGGUCGUUACGAUAAAAAUCCCUUUGCUGAAGAAGAAGAAGAAGAAGUUAAUCCUUUCUCGGAUCCAGCAGUGAGAGGGAAGGCACCUGGCAAGUCUAAAUUUGGUGGAGGUCUUUUUUCAACGAAUAUUCCAAGUGCUCCACCUGCAUCAAACUCUAGACUUUCACCACUACCUCCUGAACCUGCCGGUUUUAAUUAUGAUCGUGAGGCAACAAUUGACAUCCCUCUUGAUACAGCUUCAGGAGGAUCACAUUAUCAGAAGAAAGAGAAGGAACUCCAGGCUAAGGAGGCUGAACUGAGAAGGCGGGAGCAGGAAGUGAGACGGAAAGAAGAGGCAGCAGCAAGAGCUGGAAUUGUCCUGGAAGAGAAAAAUUGGCCGCCAUUUUUUCCUAUCAUUCAUCAUGAUAUUGUAAAUGAUAUACCAAUUCAUCUACAAAGAUUGCAGUAUGUUGCAUUUUCAACAUUUUUAGGAUUGGUUCUGUGCCUUCUGUGGAACAUCAUAGCUGUUACUGCAGCAUGGAUCAGAGGGGAAGGUGUGAGGAUCUGGUUUUUGGCUAUCAUCUACUUCAUAGCAGGGGUCCCAGGAGCCUAUGUAUUGUGGUAUCGCCCGCUGUAUCGUACUUUUAGGAAUGAAAGUGCUUUCAGGUUUGGAUGGUUCUUCCUGUUUUAUUUGCUUCACAUCGGCUUUUCCAUCUUCGCUGCGGUGGCUCCCCCUAUAGUUUUUAAAGGGAAAUCACUCACUGGGAUCCUACCUGCAGUCGAUCUUGUUGGUGGCAAUGCUGUGGUCGGGAUCUUCUACUUCAUUGGUUUUGGGUUGUUCUGUGUUGAAUCAGUUAUAAGCAUCUGGGUUAUCCAGCAAGUAUACGUGUAUUUUCGUGGAAGUGGUAAAGCUGCUGAGAUGAAGCGUGAGAUUGCACUAAGAGCUGCGGCAGCUGCCAUGUAAUGGGGCAGGCUAGCGGCAACGGGAUAUACAUUAACCUCAUGUCCUAUAUGCACUUUGCCAGGGAAGGAGCACAUAGAGCUUGCUAUUUCUCGAUCCUGGCACAUAUCUCUGUAACUUGUUUUGAUUGCUACUUUCUGUAAAGUUUAUUUUUUUUUCUCUCUGGAGUUUGAUUAGCAAACACCCUAUACAAGGCUUGAAUGAUUUUCAUGUAUGAAUUUGUUCUAUUUAUAGAGAGCUUCAUUUCAUGA